UGUUUCUGUUUUUAAAUUUAUAUUUCGUUAAUUAAUUUCGAUUGAUGUUCAUGCAAAUUUAAUUUCUCCUGUGAUUAGAACUACAAAUUAGAUUAAUGUCACGAAUUGAAUUGUCUUCUCAUUCGUUUUGUCUCUUUGUUUAACUCAACAUUGUUUUGAAAAUUUUUCAUUUCUUUUUCUUCAUCGGAAUUAGAUGAAAUUAAUGUCGAACUGAAUUGUACAAUCAAACGACCCUUUUGGAAUUGGAUGUCAACAGAUUGAAACGUGGACUCGAAAAAAAAAUCGACAGUAAACUGACUUUGUAAUGGACGACGAUGAGUUCGAGGAUUUCGGUGAUCCAAUGACUCUCAAUGAUUGUAUUGAUUGUAUUCAACACAGUCUCACAUAUGCCUUUCUUAACACCUUCAAGAUGAUGUUAAUUGUUAAUUUAAGUCUUAAAAUAGUCCUGAAAAUGGUUAAUUGGAUGUUCACCUCAACCAGGAAAGAAAUCGUUGGACGAUACUGUAUAUUGUUGGCGGGAUUGAUUCUAAUCUUCAACAAUUUCCUCGACAAUCUUCAUUUAGCAUUUUUAUUUCUUCUUUACUGUGUUAUUGGUGUUUCUCUGUUAAGUUUACGUCGAUCACUGACCAACAAUUCUCUAUGGCUAUUUAUAGUGGUCACCAUUUCUCUAAACGAAUUGACCUACUACUUUGGCUAUGGAAAUGGUAUCAGAUUGAGAAUUCAUCUCAUGUGUUCAUCGAUGAAGUUAAUUGCCCUGAAAAGUGUUCUAAAAGUCAUAGUAAUCGACAAGGAGAAAAGUUUACCCAAUUUUCCUUUUCUAAUCACCUACUUAAUUCAUCCACAGAGUUUACCAAUUGGCGGUUAUUUCCCACCCAAUUUAGAGAAAACAAUUGACCAAUACUCUAAAAUUGAUUCAUUGAAACAAACUAUUCUACCUUUUAUUCAAUCGUUAAUUUUUCUCGCAUUUUCUAAUUGUUUCAUGUUAAUUCUAAUGAGUGCCGGUGAGAUUGUAAUUGUUGAUAUUCUCACAACAAUAUUACCUUCCGCUCUUUGCCAGUUAAUUGGUAAAUUGUUCAUUGCCUAUUGUACGGCUUUACAAUUUCGUACAUCUCAUUAUUUUAUUUGCCAUCUAAUUCAAUUUAAUCAUGCUUUUUGGGGAUCAAAUUUAAUUGUCGCCAAACCAUUGAUGGUUGAAUUACCUCGGUCAUUAGUGGAUGUGGUCAUUGCCUGGGAUAUUCCGAUGCACCAAUGGCUUAAAGAAUAUGUAUAUAAACCUUGUAAAAAUAGAUUCGAUUUUGCCUCUUCAAUUCUUGUAACAUACACAAUUAGCUCUUAUAUUCAUGGUUUUCGUUUCGAGAUCUGGUCAGUACUCCUUUCUCUUGGCCUAUUAACUUGGAUCGAAAGUCUAAUCAGAAAUUUAUUGGCAUCAACAUUUAAUUCUUGUAUUGGUGCUAAAUCGUGUUCUUAUACGAAGAAAACAAAGAUUAAUUAUUUUACUAUAAUUUUAAAUCAUUUAAAAUCAUUUUCUGGCUAUUCAAUUGAUCAACCUGAAUGUACUCGAAAUCAUAAACUUACACCUUUUAAUUCAGUUUGGGUGAUAAUAAUUAACAUCGCUUUCUCCUUAUUGGCCAUGUUUCAUCUCGCCUAUUUAGGCUCAUCUUUUGAUCUCAACGAAGAGCAAUCAUCAACAAAACAUGUAAUCGAAACUUGGUUCAAUAUUGGUUUCUACUCCCAUAUAAUUGGUUUUGCCACCAUAACAUUUUACUACCUAAUCAAAUGAACUACUUUCGUUAUUUUUACAAUUUGUUUAUUAUCAUUUAAAAAAUAAACUACCAAUCAAAAUAAAGAGAAAAACAAUUAACAUGAUUGAGAAAAAUUGGA